CGGCAGGACUCCCUGCAGGAAAGAAUACGCUAACAGGUGCUGAGCUUUCUGACCGACACCUUAAACAGCCAUGGACUGGGAGAAAGUGGUGAAUCAGUCCAGGGUGAACUCCUCGGCCCCAGCCUCUGACUCUUCGUCCUCCUUCCCUUCGUCCUGCUGCAAUUCUUCUCACCUCCUCUUCCGCCCCUCGCUGUUUCCGGUCCCCGCCUUCUCUGGCUUUGACCUGCUGUUCAGUCUGAAGCUCCUCUUCAUCCCCCUCUACUCCGCCGUGGUGCUGAUCGCCUGCUCCGGGAACCUCCUGCUCCUCUUCCUCAUUUGGUACAACAAAAAGAGGCACAACACCACAAAUUUUCUCAUCAGCAACCUGGCGCUCGUUGACCUGCUGAUGUGCAUCUUCUGCGUCCCUCUGACCGCCUCCUAUGCCUUCGACAGACGAGGAUGGGUGUUUGGAUACCACAUGUGUCACUUUGUCACUGUGAUGCAGUCCACAGCAGUGUUCGCAGCAGUUCUGUCCCUCAUGGCUAUUGCAGUGGACCGUUACAUAGUGGUAGCUUAUCCCAUUCGCAAGAGAGCGGGAUGGCAGUUCUGCUGCUGCCUGGUGACCCUGAUCUGGUUGUCCUCUUUGGCGCUUUCCACCCCGACAGCCCUCCACACGGUCUACCUGGACCUUCGUGAUGCAGGCCUGGAAAUGGCAGUCUGCGAGGAGUUCUGGGACGGCCAGGAACAAGGGCGACUAAUUUACUCCUGUUUCAUCCUCUUCUUCUCCUACUUUGUUCCGCUGGCUGCAGUGUCCAUUUCCUACUGUGCCAUAUCCUACCACCUGAAGCGGAGGACCACGUCAGGCUUGACGGCAUGUCCUGAACUGAGGUGUGCGCGGGCCGUCUGGAGCAGACGGCGGAGGAAGACCUUCUGUCUGCUGCUGGUGUCUGUUCUCUGCUUCGCUUUCUCCUGGCUCCCCUUGCAGGUGGUGAACCUGAUCCGUGACCUGGACACAGACUUCUCCAUACUGGGAAAGAACUACAUUAAUGUCAUCCAGGUAUCUGCGCACCUGCUCGCCAUGAGCUCAGCCUGCUACAACCCCUUCAUUUAUGCUUCGCUGCACAAUAAAUUCCUGUCCUACCUCUGCUUCAACCCCCUGACUCGGAGGAGAGGAAAAGAAAAGCACGGCGGUCAGGGUUCGAGCGUCCUGACGACAUCUCAGAGGACGCCACGCCUCAACACCUUCACCACCGCGGCAGAUUUACCGGCUGUGGUUCUGAAUGACCUUGUUCCAAAAGAAAACUACGCCUGAUUUUUUUUUUUUUCCUCUGUCCCAAAAAAAUGUAGUAAAGAUUUUCCCACGUGAACCACAAAAGUCACUGACAGUAGAUGGGAUGCAGGGUGUUUCCUUUUCUCCACGGAUUUCAUGUCAAUCUUGUCAGCCUGCAUUCGGACAGACAAAUGGUGGAAUAAGCGAAUUUAAAGCACAGUGUAAAUAUUAAAGCAUUAAGAUCAUCAGACAUGAGGGCCAGCGAGCUGCUCAUGGUGAUAAAUACAUUAGUGGUGCAAGAAAUCCAUCUGCUUUGGUUGUAAAGAUUUGUUACUGUAAUAAUGUGAUUACUUGUAAGAAAUGUAACUGUUUAAUGUCUAUUUAUGCUGCUAUUUAAUGUAAAAAGUCCCUUAUCUUCUACGGCAGUCUUUAUCUUUAGUUCAUGAUCGCUG